AAAAUCUUAUUUGAUCACAUGGAAAGAUUCAUUCUGAAACAUUCUUAACAUUAAGUACAGUAUUGACAGGUCCCCAUCUUUUUUGAUUUGUGAUUCAGCUGCCUGUGUUGGUGUACGGUUUUGCUUCCUGUGCAUCCAUUUACAUGUCCAUCUAUUUCCUUUUAUGUACCUUUUAUGUAUAUAAGGACUGAUUCUACACAUGUAUGAUUGUUGAUUUAUUUAUGCUUUGGUUUUGGAUUUUAUUUAUUUACUCUUGCGGAAGUUUGAAUGAUUUUUAUACUCUCUUAAUACUUUGAUAAAAGACCCUGAUUCCAGUUUCAGUUAUGUGAGUAUGCAUAUGAUAGUACAUGUAUAGGGCAUAAGUACCAUAUUAUGUAUUAUACACCAUUGCCAUAACCUUGUUUGCAACCCAUGUAUGCUGCAGCUUAGGGAGAUGCUGAUCAAAACCAUCUUCGCAUGCUUGGUCUUCACCAAAGGAAGCCAAGUGAAUGAAGAUGGAUCAAACCAAUGCUUGCCAAAACCCAUGGAUAAUUGAAGGAUAUUGUCUAAUAGAAAUUACAAACAAAACAUGUCAUACUUUGAUUUGUUUUUAAAGCAAAGAGUGACAUCAGACAACAAGGAACUGAUGGCCGGUCCUCUGAUUAUGCCGAAUAUACCUCAGAUUAUGAGUCCCUUCCUAGAGUACAAGGAUACCUCACCCCAAAGUCUUCUGUUGAAGAAACUAUGGUUAAAUCAACAAGCACUGCCAUAGGAUACAAUAACUAUGCAGACUAUGCUCCAAUUGGUAGAAAUAGCACAAGAGAACAAGAGAAGGCUGAAGUCAAAGAGGAGGUGAUUCUCCAGAAGUCCCCAUCAACUGGAAGUCGAGGCAAUCCUUCAUACAGAAAAUUUCUGGACUCGUUCAAGAGAAAAGAUAAGAAGACAGAGAAAACUGAGAGGGUGACUGUUGAGACAACUAAUACUGUGGCCUCUCAGCCUGAAAUAGCAGCAGUGCCCUCUUCUCCCCUAGGCCCUGCAGAGUCAUCAUUUGGGGCCAGGGAGGAGAUCACAAUGGUUCCCACGUCACCCCUGGGGAAGCCCUCAGACGCUGACGAGUGGCCCCAAAAGGAGCAACGUCAGAAAAAUCGCAAGAAAAGAAAAUCAAAAUCUCCUGUCAGAGAUGAACAAAACCAUGGUGAAUAUGGGGAUGCUAAUAAACUUUCCCCAAUGGGAAGAGGUCAAGGGAAGUAUUCACCACAUCGUCAAAAUGCCAUCAAGGCAACAGAUCACAGAAGCCAUGACUAUAAAAAUUACACUGACUCUGAUGACUAUGGGGACCAUUACUUUAGAUCCCACAAGGACCCAUAUCUGAAGGAUUUCAAAGUGGCAGGUUCUACAGGUCCACGUCGUGUCAAAUCAGAAUACAUUCCACAGGAGACUAAUACCCAGAAAGCAACACCACCUGAGAUUGGAAGAUUUGCUGGUGGCACCAUGAAAGCUGGUAGUGUUGGCAACCUUGAUGUGGCCCUUACCCGACAGCCUAAAUAUGAGCGUCAGUCACCAAAGAAUCCAAGCCCUUCUAACCCCGAAUGGCCACAAAGGGAAAGAGAUGGACAUGGAGGUUCACAGAGUGGAGCAUACAGAGUGCAGGAGUGGAAUGGAAGUUAUAAUACACAUGAAAAGGGAAACAGGAUGCAAGAGAUGGACAGAAUGACACAGGAGAGGCAGACACAAGGGAUGAUUGACAGGACACAAACAGGGGAGAGGCUUUCCUGGUCUUCAAUGGGAAGUGAAGGUAAACCUUCAUGGUGCAGGGACGCAGCUAGAUAUAAGAUCAUCUCUAUCAUAUCAUAACUGGAAUAUAUCAUUCUCUAAUUCAAUCAUUACCACACUCUUAAUUGCUGUGUGGCAUAUUCCUAGUACAACAUACACAUAUUACACAUUCUAUACUUUCUAACAUGUUGGAUAAUUGUUAACUGUAAUAGGGAGAGCAUUAAUUUAACUUCUUGCUUUGGUAAUAUAAAUAUCAUGUAAACUAUAAUGAAAAAAGGUGAUCUCCCAAGCACUUAGAUACUGUACCCUUCGGAAAAUUACAAACCACAUUGUUGGGGAAAUGUUUGCAUCCUAUAAAAUGAUAAAAAACAUGUAAUGUAUUGAGAUACAUGUAUUUUGAUCAAAACAAGUAGGAUUUAGUAUCCUGUCAUGAAGAAAUUCAGGGGAGAUCACUGGGAGAGUGUCACAAAAUUUUGAACAAAGGCGAUAUUCAGGUAGAGGUAUGACACAAGAAUAUAUCUGUGGAAGGGUAUCAUACUGCACUAUUUAAUAUGGGAACGUAUAAGGGAAUUACUAAUGCAUGAUGAUCUACUUCUUAGUCUGUUCUAAUGCUGUGUGCUGUUUAACAGGUCAACUAUGCAUGCAGUUGACCUUAGGGAAACAGGUCAAAAUAUCAAUGGGUUUUUCAUGAAUCAAUGGCAUGUUGAUAUUUUACUUGGCUUCUAAUCUGUAG